GCCUCCAGCUCUGGUCGUGGACUGACAUCCAGGAAGAGAGAAGUAGGCAUGCUUUAAUUAUUAUACAACGGGUGGGUCUAAUCCUGAAAGUUGAAUGGUUAAAAGGUUAUUCCAGGGAUCUCGGGCAUUAUCACAUAAGUACGGUAGAUGUAAUUCAUGUGUUUCCAUUAGGCAAAGAAAAAUGUGUGUUAUGUUUAACAGUUGCAAAAUAUAUAUAUCUAUAUAUGUAUAUAUGUAUUAUUUUGAUUUUUGUUUUGUUCAUUUUAGUUGUAGAGAUGAGUUCUUUCUGUCAUAUUUGUUGUAGUCACAACAACAUCAUGAUCAUUGCAGUAGGCAACAGUGUGCUCUUUUAAUUCAGUACAUUCAUUGGACAAACAUAUGUGCUGAAGACUAUAUGACUAUUUUUGUAUUAUUUCAGGUGGGCUGCUUUCCAGAAGGCAAUUACAAAAUCAUUCUACAGUAGUUAUGUAUACAAACUCUACAUACAUGUUGAGCAUGGAAUCACUGGCCAUAGCUCCAUCAGGUGUUUACCCAGCGUUUCAUUUUGGAACCCUUACGUACUGUUUCAUUGUGUUUUGCAACGUGACGGUUUUAUCCACCAUAGCCCUGGACAGAAAGCUGCAUAAACCCAUGUUUAUCCUACUCUUCAACAUGCCUAUCAAUGAUUUGAUUGGUGCUACAGCCUUCAUCCCUCAGCUGUUGGUUAGCAUCCUGGCUCAGAACAGGUCCAUCUCCUACCCUGCAUGCUACCUCCAAGCUCUGCUCGUCCACCUGUAUGGAGCUGGCUCCUUAACUAUCCUGACUAGCAUGGCUUAUGACAGGUAUAUCGCAAUCUGCUGUCCACUGAGGUAUAACUCUAUCAUGAGUUCCAGUAACUUGAUGAAAAUCAUCAUUUUCAUGUGGCUUUUGGUCAUUACCCUGAUUGUGGUUCUGCUGGCUCUGGUCACUCGCUUCAAGAUCUGCAGAACAACAAUAGUGGAUAUUUAUUGUAACAAUCCAUCAUUAGUGAGGCUCAUUUGUGAUGACACACGUAUAAACAACUACUAUGGGUUGUUGAUAACAGCUGUCUUGUAA